AUGGUAGGUAGAGUAAAUGAAAUAACAAAAGAGACUACAGAUCAGUGGGACAUAUUUUUUGUAGAGAAAGAAAAACAAGAAGAACUAAAAAUACCAAAACCCUUUAAGGAAUCACCUGAGAAGAUAGAUGUGGCAACAGAGCCACCAGCAGGAAAUAUUGGAAUUGAAAACAUUGGAAUUGGGGAACAACAACAAACUAAAGAAUCAAAUGAUCCCCCGGACACUGGAAAGGAAGAGACCACAAAUGUGCAUACUGAUACAUCUACUGAGCCACCGACAACCACUGGAACUAAAAAACCAACUGAGUCACUGACAGUAGAUAGCACAGAGGCAAACACAGAAAAACCGACAGUGGACACUACAAUGAAAUCAUCUGAAGCACAAACAGAGAAACCAUUAGAGCAAUAG